AUGCGCCCAUUUGCCGUCCUCUUUGUCGCCUUCGCCGGCGCAGCCAGCGCCCUGACUCACGCCGUCGAUAGCUCCUCCGAGGUGAGCGUCGACAUUUACAAAAAGGCCCUCGGCCAAGGCUUCACGCGCGCCAUCUUCCGCGGCUACCAGGAGGCGUGCUCGCAAGGCGGCCGCGUCGACCCGACCUUUGUGCCGAGCUACAAGAACGCCGUCGCGGCGGGCUACAAGGACUUUGACGCCUACUUCUUCCCCUGCACCGGCAAGGCCAACAAGUGCAAGCCGUACGCCACGCAGCUCCGCGAGCUGCUCGACACCAUCAGCGCCCAGAAGCUGGCCAUCCGCCGCAUCUGGCUCGACAUUGAGACGGACAAGGUCUGCAACCCGUUCGACUACGGCGCGCAGGGCAACAUUGCCGAGGCCAAGAAGCUCGUCGCGGCGUUUCGCGACGCCAAGCACGAUUGGGGCGUCUACACGUCGCCGACGCAGUGGGAGAGCAUCUUUGGCUCCAAGAGCGUCGAGCUGGCCAAGGACGUGCCGCUCUGGUUCGCCAAGUUUGACAAUGUCGAGACGCUGGACCUCAAGACACCGUUUGGCGGCUGGACCAAGGCCGACGCGAAGCAGUACACUGACCAGUCGGCCAGCAAGAAGUUUGACCUCAACGUCUUCUCUGCCUAG